ACAUUUGUUCAGGAUGAACAGAAAACCACAGGAGGAAAUUGAGGAAAUCGAUGAAGAGGAAGAUGACUAUGUUAAUACUCCAGCCUGGACUGUGGAUAAAGUGGUAGCCCCUCCAGACCAGAGGUCUCUCUUCUUCACUCAGUCUUUUCCACUGAUAGCAGUGUGUUGGCUGAUACUGUUAGUCAUCAUGGGCCUUCGUAUCCACUUUACUUCUGUCAUUUCUGAAAACGACGCCAAGCUGACGGCAGAAAUCCAGCAGCUGGAGACACUGAUGCAGCAUCUGAAUUUAUCCAAAGACAACGAGACUCUACUGGCUGCCAUUCAGCACCUGACAAAUCUCAACGACAAACUGAGCUCAGACAAUGAGAAGUUGAGGAGGGACUACGAUGAUCUGACAGCAGUAACAAACUGGAAUAAACUCAACGUCAGUCGAGCUCAGUGGAGCAUUGAUGCCUACUGUCCCAAAACACAUAAAGUGAGACAGUGUAAAGGUUGUCAGAAUGGCUGGAGACUCAGUGGGUCUAACUGCUAUGUGAUUCAUAACGCUAAACCUGCUGAUCAGAAAACCUGGGAAGAAGCUCGAGAAGACUGUAGAGGAAAGAGUUCAGAUUUGGUUGUUGUACAUAAUGAAGAGGAAAAGACUGCUCUCAAUACAUACAGCGUGGGUAGUUCAGGAACUGAUGGAUACUGGUUUGGCCUGAGAGCUGAAGGUGGGAGAUGGAAGUGGAUUGAUGGAAGUAAUCUGACUGAAAGCUACUGGACACCACAACCUCCUCCUACUGCUACUGAUGGUCAGUGUGUAAUGUCUGUCCAGAACGUAGGAUGGAGAUCAGUGAACUGUACUGAGAAAAAACAAUGGAUCUGCAUAAUGAAGGCUGUAUCUGUUUAAACACUGCAGUCAGACUCUGCAUGAUAAUAUCAACUGGCUUAUAAAUAUCAAACUGUAAAGUCUUCUACUUCACUAUUUAAAUGUUUUGGUAGAAAACGAGAAAAUAAAUAUUUACAUUGAAUUAUUUUGUAAAGCCGUUUGUGUGUCUCAGAAUAAAAACAGACACUUAGAUUUGAAUACAUUUAGAUAUUUGAUUAUAUAGGUAUGCUAAUGUAAGUCUGUGAAACAUACAGUGACUAGACUGAAGGGGCACUGUUAUCAUUGAUACCUGUUGAAUGAGCUUUUGUUCUGCUUUGUUAGAGAUGUGAUGAUUAUAAUUUGUAUAUCAGCAGAUUGAUGACAGGGACAGACAGACUGCUCAGUCUCCUGUUUCCUAUGUAUCAUGUAACAUAUAUUGUUGCUACUCAUUGGCCAAAAUGGGGGCACUGCAUCACUUGUUCUCAACAGAAUGUCCUCAGAGCUUUUUUCUUCAGCAUGUUAGGAAUAUUAAUGUGUAAAAUGUUUUCUAUUUAUCUAUCUAGAAGCAAAUUCAUGUUUUAUUACAUUGAAUAAAAACACUGUGACA